AUGUGGUUCGGGCAGCUGGUCAUCGGCCCCCCAGGGAGCGGGAAGAGCACGUACUGCAACGGCAUGCAGCAGAUGCUCCGCGCGCUCCACCGGCCGCACAUCGUCGUAAACCUCGACCCUGCGAACGACUUCCUCCCCUACGACUGCGCCAUCAACCUCCGCGAUUUAGUCGAUCACAGAGAGGUCAUGGAGAGGUGCCGCCUCGGACCGAAUGGAGCGCUCAUUCACUGCCUGGAGUACCUGCUCGUCAACCUCGACUGGCUCGUGGAGGAGCUGAAGAAGUUCAAAGACCACUACGUCCUGUUUGAUUGCCCGGGGCAGGUGGAGGUCUACACGCACAACGAUUCGAUGCGCGAAAUCGUGACGCGGCUUCAAAAACAUCUCGACGCGCGCCUCACCGCUGUCCACCUGGUUGAUAGCACACUCUGCACCGACGGCUACAAGUACAUCAGCGCCCUCCUCGUCUCCUUGAGCGGACAGCUCCUUCUCGAGCUGCCUCACGUGAACGUGCUGACGAAAAUCGACCUCUUGAAGCACCAUCGCCAUCAGCUCGCGUUUCGGCUCGAGUAUUUCGCUGAGGUUCAGGACCUCAGCGAGCUGUUGGUGGCGAUGGAAGAUGCUCAACCUAUGACGGCCAGAAUGAGAGAGCACACUGCCCUCCUUUGCGAACUCAUCGAGGACUACAAUUUGGUCUCUUUUAAGCUGCUUGAUAUCCAAGAGAAACACUCCGUCCUCAACCUGUUGAAGGCGAUUGACGUCGCGAAUGGCUACAGCCUGGGGAACCUCGCGGCGGAUUUUAACAUCUUUAACGUCGCGCUGGACAACACCGAAGACACAGCUGACCUUCUGGACACGAUUCAGGAGCGCUACGUCGACGUCGACGAGGAUGCGUCCCACGCCGCCUCAAACCGCGCCGAAAUCUGA